UUGUUAUGACACGAUAGGAGAUACCAUGAAAAACAUCUUGGACAAGCGUUUAGGUACACAUUACCGAAUGAUGAUUCUCAAAACGAUUUAGUGUCAAUGAGUUAACGAUUGACUAAUUAUCAAGSGCUCUUUUUUCUGUCAAAACUAAGAAAACGAUGAAAGCGCUUCUCAAGAAAUGCUUAUUGCGAUUAACUUUAUUUCUUGUCUACGGAUUGAUUGGAAGUUGGAUCUUUACUCUAAUCGAAGAAAGAAACGAGASUAAUGCCGUUACUGCUAAAAGAUCACUGACGAAUCUAAAAACAACAAUGAAAGAAAAGUACAAUCUGACAAACAUGACUGAGCAGGAUUUCACCCAGUUUGUCGAGGCUGCUUAUAACGCGAUCCGAAUACGAAAGCAAAAAGACUGGACGUUCACGAAUGGUUUGGGAUUUACUUUUCCUGCUCUUACAACAGUUGGGUUUGGCGAUGUUACACCCAAAACAGCUCUUGGCCAAGGUCUUACCAUUCCCUACUGUUURGUUGGUCUGCCACUAACAAUGCUGGCUYUAAAGACAUCAGGGGAAGUCGUUCUACURGCUCUGMGAUCUGCAGCAAGUAGCUUUGAGAAGAAAGUUCUCGGACGUCAAAAUCCAAGAAUUGGCUUUGUGAAAUUAUUUUGGACGAUAAUCAUUUGCCAAGCACUCAUAAUCUGYAUGUUUGCUCUUGUUGAGACCUACACCGACGACUGGACUUUCCUGGAAGGAGUGUACUGCUGGUUUAUCACAUUCACGACUAUCGGUUUUGGAGAUUACGUUCCUUUUARUAACUACAUGGCUUUAGCGCAAAAGGAGUCCAARUUAUGGAUCUUCCAUGUUGUAGGAUGGUUUGUGACCAUUCCUUAUAUUAUUGGCCUUGUUUUACUGUCUUCUAUGCUGAACUUACUUGUGGAAAGUUCAGAAAASAUUAAGAUGCAAUGGAGAAUGACAUUCCAUUGUUCUGCAAGCAAGCGGAGUGAUGUAAAUGCUAACAAUGAUGAAACGGRUAAUACUGUCGUGGAAGGAAAUGAACCCGUUUGYCUUAAUGACAMCAGACAUUGAAAUUUUAUAUUUUUUGAAUUUCAACAAAACGAAGUUUCACAAGAUGURGAAAUGCGUCAUAUGCUGCAUACGCAAUGCAUUGUAGGAUGUAGGGACAAAACAUUGCUGAUUUUUUGUUUGUUUCAGAAACUGAUCCCACAGUGCAUUGCAAAUCACGUAGGUGACGUAAUAAAAGUGUAUUGAAAUGCCAUAUUCAUAGAACACUAUGUAACGAAAAGCAAUGGAAAGAUCAUGUUGACGGUUGUUUAGUAAGGCUAUAGCAUUUAUCUACGGUGGCAAAGUCAACAUGUUAAAAACGCACGGCUAAAAGUAGAAUAGCAUUGAAACAUAACUUUAUCUCAUGGCUCUMUUGGGCUUUAAUGCACUGCCUUGUCUUCUAGUCAGAUGACGUAGCAGUGGCAUUAAAUGUAAGGGCCCUAUUAAACAUCAGAAASGCAAACGCCAAAUAGACUCAGAAAUUUAAWAGUAGUGACUGAGAAAUCCAUUGUACGACUGUUGUCAGUGACAAGGGUGUCAUCAUCAAAUCACUGCACAUCGUCAUUUCUAAUCAGCGGUUAUCAAGGACCGUGAUCUGUAGUGGCAUCACUAAGAAGGGUCAAGAAGGUUUUUCUUGUAGAGGGAACUAUCAUUUGAUCUUUUCUCUAUCGCUUUUUAUACUUCAAUUCAAUAUUCCACCUUUAAAAAGUACAAAAUCCAGUAGUAUUUGGAUAAUAAUGAUUAAAGAGAUAUGCUACAUACCUGUUUUUAACUUUAAAUC